UUUGCCAUCAGGAGCAGAAUGCUGGACAAGGUGAACCAUGUACAUACAGCAUCUCCUGUGGUCUCCUGACGUAAUGUACAUUAAUUUUAUGUAGAAAAUCCAAACCCCAGAUUGGAAGGGACGUCAGUACAGUCUGGGAGAGUUCAAGGAUUAUUUCUGUAAAUGAGCCAGAGAUGCCUGUGAGGCUGUGCCAGUAUAUCAAAACCAUCACCCGUUUUUUUCAUUCUCAGCGGAUAAGGAGUAAACUAUUAUCGUGGGAAACUUGAUCAAACAGACAAGGAACACUACACUUUUUGGCAAUAUAAAUUGUAAUAAAACUCUUAUAUAAGCUGAGAGAGUGUUACUUACAAAAUCACUUAAAUGUUUUGGCUCCAUCUGCAAUAUUUGAACUCAGCUCUAGGUUACUCAUGCUAUACUGUGCCAAGCUAAAUUGAUGCACACUCAAUUUUCCUAUUUCUCUAGAUGCAUAGUUAUAUUGGAUAAGAAUGGAAGGGAAUGAAGAUGAAAAGCCAAUCUGCAUUUAGAAGGGACAUAAAACUAUGUUUAAAGGGAUAAACCAGCCUUUCAAGGGGAUUAGGAAGCCAUUUCCUCUAUGAUGUGGCUAUUUUAUAAAUGCCUCUUGUGGGAUCGUCCGUGCCCUGAAGCAUCUGUGCCAGCUGCUGUUGGCAGCAAGACCAUUGACUAGGCUGAGGGAUCUGGGAUGUCAAUAUGCACCUGUGGGGGCAAGAGGAGGUGCAGGAAUAUCCCAUAGGGCACAUGGAACAGCCACAGGAUCUUAAAACUGCUCCAGCCAGACUUGAUAAUUUUUUUUCAUCAUCGUCUAGAGACCAGAUAUUGCUGAAUCCUUAUACUUUCUGCUCCUGAGUUUUUCUAAUGGCUUUAUAAAAUAGCAGUUAAAAAAAGGAACUCUCAAAUGUUUAUUCCUGCAGGCACAUAGGGCGGAACUUAGGAUGCAGAAGCAGAAGACACACAAGACGUUGCUUGCAGCAACAUGAGAAAACAGGUGAGAAGAAGGCUUGGCAGCACAACAUAUGACAAAACAAGACACCACAGGACAACUUGGAAUAGCACACAGCAUGUCACCACAUGCAGCAGCACAAACAGCAUGGAACAGCGCUUGACACUGUGUCAUGGCAUGAUAGAUAUACCUGAAAGGUGAUAGGAGUGCCUAGAGAGUGGUGAGAGAUUCAUAGCAGCAUGAAGUUCCUAUAAAGGUAUGGAAAAUGUCUAGGAAACCACAUGAAAGUCCUACAAAACUACAGGCAACUCCUGGAAAAACCAUGGGAAAUUCUUAGAAAGCCAAACUGAAUUCCUAGAAAGCUGUGGGAGGACUCCAGGAAAACAAAAUGUGAAUUCUGAGAAAAUUGGCUACAAAUUCCCAGAAAGCUAGAGGGAAUUUCUUAAGAAGUAAGGAGGAAUUGCUAUAAAGCAAUGGAGGAAUCCUAGAAAGAAAUGCACAGUUCUUAGAAAGCUGUUGCAAAUUUCUAAAGAGCAGAAGGGAAAUUCUGGAAGCAGAAAGGAAUUCUUAUAAAUAGAACAAGAUUACUAAAAAGUAUCAGGGAAAUUUCUAGAAGGUCAUUAGGGAUUUCUUGAAAGUAUGUGGAAAUUCCUAGAAAGAAAAUCUAGUUCCUGGUAAGGGGAAAGAAACACUUGGAAAGCAGUGGGGAGAUUUCCUAGAAGGCAACAUGAAAUUUCCUGAAAGCUGCGUGGAAACUCCUUGAAAGCUGGAGGGUAUAUUCCCAGAGAUCACUAGGAAAAUCCGACAAAGGCAUGUGAAAUUCCUAAGAAGACAGAAUCAUAGAAUCAUUUAGGUUGGAAAAGACCUGUAUGAUCAUCAAGUCCAACUGUUCCCCCAGCACUCCCAAGGCCACCACUAAUCCACAUCCCCAAGAUCCACAUCUGCGUGUCUUUUAAAUCCCUCCGGGGAUGGUGACUCCACCACUGCCCUGGGCAGCCUGUUCCAGGACUUGACAACCCUUUGGGUGAAGAAAUUUUUUCUAAUAUCUAAUCUAAACCUCCCCUGGAGCAAUUUGAGGCCAUUGCUCCUGGUCCCACUUGGGUCCCAUCAGUCGCAGGCUCUGGUGGCUCUCUUGGCUCCCCUGAGGUUCCCCUGGUUGGUGAAACUCCCUGUGCACUGUACUGGAUUGUUCUGCUGAUGACUGUGCUGGCACUGAGUGUGGAAAAAUGCAAGAAAACAAUGGAAAAAUCCUGACUGAGCUGUCCAUAGUUCCUAAAUACACAGGGGAAAUUCUUAGAACAAAAUGCUGAGAAAAUCACAGGAGAAAAUCACUGUAAAGAGCAGGGGGAAAAGUAAAACUAGAAAGUAGAUAGGAACAGAUCCUAUAGCCUUUCCUGAAAUGGAACUUGUAUCUAGAAGACAUCCCUGAUUUUAGUGUCUCCUAAAUGGAGGGGACUGGUUUGAUGGACUGAGGAAGAGACACUGGAUGCCUGUGUUGGUGAAGCUGAGCCCUGACCUGCAAAGCCCUGCCCUGGGGAGCUGAGCUUUGCAGGAAGGGAGCAGGGAGAACUGGCUGGCUUGGAAGGCCCCUAACCUUGGGACAGAUGUUGACAAAUGGAUGGUGAAACUCAGGGAACAUUUCCAGCCUGGGAAAGUACUGUCUGUUAGAGAUUGUCUCAACAAUGGCUCUUUGCAACACAGGGCAGGGAAAAGCCAAGGGCAUCGAGGCGGGAUGCAGAGGGAGAUGUUACCCACGUUGUGGGAUGAAACAGUCUUGCCUGAUGUGGUGGGACAGGCACGGAGGCUGGAACAGGAUAAUGCAUCCGGAUGAGCUAGGGUGAAAGUGGAUUUAGGGUUAUACUGUAGUUUGGGGUAAUCCAGUUGGAUCAGUGGGUUUUUCAAAAGUUUGAAUGAAAGUUUGUCAUGAGGAGUGGAGCAGCCCAGAGUUUAGACCUCAGGAUGGAUUCUUGUUUGGAUUCUUGUCCCAGUGUUAUACUGAACUUGGUGGAAUGUUUCUGACUGCCAUCAAGCCCAGACUGUGUGCUUGACUUUGACAACCAGCAUCUUGCCUCGGAGAACAGUUUAAUCCCAGAACCUGAAGGUGGAACUGCGACAUUGCAACCACAGCAGGGUUGUCUGGGGAGCUGCAGAUGGGAAAAUGCUGCCUGAGACAGAGCUUCAGGAGUGGGACAUUUGGAGUGGUCUGGUCAUUGCUGGACUGCUGGUUGACCCUCUCUACCACAGCUGCACCUGCUGUGCUCCUUGGGCACCCUGGGGCUGCUCCCCAUGCAGAGAGCCCUGGCUGGGCUCCUGUGGCUCCCUGCAGUGCAGGUCUGAAAUGCUGCUGUCAGUCUUCACUAUGAGCAAGAAGUGAUGCUUCUUUUUUUUGGAACCCCUGAUUUUCCUGAGAUAGUUACACUGAGGAUAAAGUUAUCUUGGCCUAUUAGUAUAACCAGCUAUUUACAAAUCUGACAGUUCUUUUAGACAUUAUUUCUGAUAACAUGCCUCAGCUGAUUUUAUGUUUAAUAAAUCCCAUGCAUGCAGACAAAAAAAAGCACCCUGAGAAUGAUGAAGGAGUCGCCAGGCAGACAGAGCGUUCCUGGAGGGGCGAUGCUGCCGAGCCCUGCCCCGGGCAGAAGGAAGCCGGGAGAUGCGUGGCCCGGGGCGGGCUGCGGGAGAGAAUGAGGAACUGCCUCCGCCUGCGCCUUUCCGAGAGGGAAAAAGCAUGGUAAGAGCUGGACCCGAUCCCUGGAGCGCAGCCCCACUGAGCAGGAGGUGGGAUUAUUCCGGAGUAGUUAUGGAGAGCUAUAACCUGGCAGUGGAGUGUUAAAGCGACUUGUCCCUGCUGGAAGAGGAACCCACUGAGGGCACCGCCGGCGUUGUGGCCGAGGGAAGGUCACUCACGUCCUUCUCCUCCUCUCGCCCUUCUUUCUGCAUCCAGCGAACGGCAGUAGAAAGAACUGGUAGUCGGCUCUUGCCAGUGUUGGGAAUACCGUGCCUUUUGCCUGGGAUGAUUUGCCCUGAUGUGCCACUUCCACGGGAUGUACAAAGUGCGACUGGGACUGAUCUGGCCAACAAAGUUUGCAGAGUGAUCAGCAGGGGCCGUGGGAUGGAGGGAGCUGGGCACGCACCAGCAGGAUCCGUCACGCACGGUCUGACAGCACAGACCUGCUGCUCCCUUGAAAACUAACUCCUUGAUGGUCCAACUCUUACUUCUCCCCUGCCAAUUUGCACUUUCAGGAAAACAAACAAACACACACCAUGCAAUGCAGUGUUCCUGUGCUGGUUUUGUAUAUAAGAUUUGCUAUGCAAUUACAAAACUAAAAGAGGAGGAGAGACGGCCCUGCAUCCCAGAGCAAAGAGAGAAUCAGAGGUGAAAGGUAGGAGCCAGCAUUUCUUGUUUAAAUGAAACUAAAUAACCUGAGCUACUUCUUACUGAAAAUCUUUCAAACACACCUACUGUAUGUUUAUGUGUUUUGUCUUGGAAAGGUAAAAGAGUUUGAAACAAUGUGAAGAAUUCCUUUCUGACACUGCCAAGAAACAGAGAACCGAUGCAUUUUGUAACAGGAACAUACUGAGGAGGAAGGAUGGAGUGUUUCAUCAGUGAAACAUUUAGGGAACUAGUGAAAAGGCACCUUGUAUAAUACGCUUCAGUAAAUAUGAAGGGCUAGUGCAAUGGACACUGGAAACACUCGAUCAAUAGUCUAUUUAAGUGAGAAUAUAUGCAAGCAUGGAAAAGUGAUUGCUUUCCUGUCUGUGGGGUGUGUUUGGAGAGGACAGCAGCAGAACAUUUGCAGGUGAGCUGUCUGAGUUAAGCUACUUCAUGCUGGGGUGGUGCAGUGUGUUUCUGAAGGGAUUGCUAAAAAACCCAGUCUGUAGAGUAGACUGUGUUUAUGCAUUUUCAGUUCCUGCUUGUAGAGCUUUCAGGAUGUUUUUCAGGAUAAUUCAAAUUGGGUGAGGUCCAUCUGGGGGUGAAGGGACUGUAAGAAAGGACCUUUGGUCUGUUUGGUGAUGAGUAAUUAAUGGACGUCUGAUGUCUCUGAUCUCUGCAAGGCAAGGAGCUGAUGUCGUCAUGAAAAUCAUGAUAUGAUUUUCCCUCAGGAGAAACUAUGACUUGGAACGACACCACUAUGGACGGGGAAGGGUUGCUGGUGGAAAGGGACUCCUCUUCCUUUCGGAUCCUCACAGGCUGCUUCCUCUCGCUACUGAUCCUCUCCACGCUGCUGGGAAACACGCUGGUCUGUGCAGCUGUCAUUAGGUUUCGCCACCUCAGGUCCAAGGUGACCAACUUCUUUGUCAUCUCCUUGGCUGUGUCAGAUCUCUUAGUGGCAGUUUUGGUCAUGCCUUGGAAAGCUGUGGCUGAGAUUGCCGGUUUCUGGCCUUUUGGUUCAUUUUGUAACAUCUGGGUGGCCUUUGAUAUUAUGUGCUCAACAGCCUCCAUCUUAAAUCUCUGUGUCAUUAGUGUGGACAGAUACUGGGCCAUCUCCAGCCCAUUUAGGUAUGAGAGGAAAAUGACCCCCAAGGCAGCCUUCAUCAUGAUCAGCGUGGCGUGGACUUUGUCCGUGUUGAUUUCCUUCAUCCCCGUGCAGCUGAACUGGCACAAGGCUACAACCACAAGCUUUUUGGACUUGAAUGCCAGCUUACAAGGUGUAAGCAUGGACAACUGUGAUUCUAGCCUAAACAGGAUGUAUGCCAUCUCCUCUUCUCUAAUUAGUUUCUAUAUACCUGUGGCCAUCAUGAUAGUGACUUACACGAGGAUAUACCGGAUUGCUCAGAAGCAAAUACGACGCAUCUCAGCUCUGGAGAGAGCAGCAGUGCACGCAAAGAACUGCCAGAACACGAGCGGCAACAGGAGCAGUAUGGACUGCCAGCAACCAGAGAGCAACUUCAAAAUGUCCUUCAAGAGGGAAACAAAGGUUUUAAAGACUCUGUCAGUGAUCAUGGGGGUGUUUGUGUGCUGCUGGUUGCCAUUUUUUGUAUUGAACUGCAUGAUUCCCUUCUGCGAGCCUACCCAGCCAUCCAAGGGAGCAGAGGCUUUCUGCAUUAAUUCCACCACCUUUGAUGUUUUUGUAUGGUUUGGAUGGGCAAAUUCUUCCCUCAACCCCAUCAUUUAUGCCUUCAAUGCUGACUUCCGCAAGGCAUUUUCGACCCUGCUGGGCUGCUACAGGCUCUGCCCGAUGUCUGGCAAUGCCAUAGAGACUGUGAGCAUUAACAACAAUGGGGCAGUAGUUUUCUCAAGCCAACACGAGCCCAAAGGGUCCAGCCCCAAGGAGUCUAAUCUGGUUUAUCUGAUUCCACAUUCAAUUAUCUGUCCGGAAGAAGAACCUCUCAAAAAGGAAGAAGAGGGUGAACUAUCUAAGACCUUGGAGAAAAUGUCUCCAGCACUGUCGGGUAUCUUGGAUUACGAAGCUGAUGUUUCUUUGGAAAAGAUCAAUCCCAUUACACAAAAUGGGCAGCAUAAAACCUGAACAGUAAGGUUUGCUCAGCAAGACCCAACGGUGUAUAUUGUAAUAAUCUUUUGGGGAAAAAUACAAGAUUUUUUUGGUAAGAAACUAAGCUCUAGGGAGAAAAAUACACAUUUACACCAAGCCCAGAAUUAAUUUUCCUGGCAUUCAAAGCAAAUUUAACAUUUUAAACAAUAAACACAAAAAGAUACUGGAAAUUGGUUAUAAAAAAAGAUGUUAAACUGUACUGUUCAUACUGAGGAAAAUACACAAAUUUAGAUACAGUGCAGUGACAAAGAAAAUAUUGCUUCUCUACACAGAGAAACCAAUUUUCAGCUUAAAGUGAGGCAAAAGAUAAAUGUUGAGUAUUUAAAGAUUAAUGUUUACUAGAAGUAAAAAGAUUGCUGUGUGUUGUGAUAGUGGGUGUUAACAGGUCCUAAUUAAAGACUGAGAGAUUGUAAAGGUAGGUAGAUGCCUUCUUAAAAUUAUUUCUGAAAAAUAAUUGAGCCUUAUAAUGAGAAUGGUUAUUUUUAAAGCUUUGGGAGGUAAUAUGUUGAUACUGGUUUUAUUUAUUUAUUGUUUUAAAUUGAUAUUUUUCAUAUGUUAUAACAGAUCUAGCUUUAUUUACGUUAUUUAAGAUGUCUAAAUAAUGGGAUAUUUUUGGAGUGUCAUAACUACAUUUUGACCAGUCAACCAGUCAGCACUUUAUUACAAGCUCGGAUAGUCUGGAGAGCUGGUGAGGGGAAUAGAGGAAUGUUAAGAAGCUCAGGAAGAAAUGAAGGAAUCAACUAAACCGAUGCUGUGUGGAGUUCAUUUGCUUGUGGGCUUUUUUUAUUUUUAAGUGGGAUUUCUUUCAAAAGAUAGGACCAGCGUUGACUGAGUUGUGAAUUCUCUUCCCUUAUAGAAAUAAAAGAAUUGCUGCUAUUUAUUUUUAAAAAGUUUCAUGUUACAAAGACUUUGCUAGAAUGUCAAGUUUGUGGAUCUGUAAAUACCUUAAAUAUGACUACAACCUUAAGAAGAAUCCAAUUUGGGAAGGAGAGCGUCUUAGAUAACAAUUCUUAGUAUAUAAUGUUUUGUAUUUAUGUAAGAUAAACAGCUUUCUCAGACUUUUCUUAUUUCUUAUUUCAAGUCUUGGAUAUCUUUUCUGAACAAACACAAUGGGUUAUAAUGGUAGUAAAGAUGCCAAACGUCGUUAUCACUGGUGUUACUGCAGGACCACCCGGGUCAUUCUGUCUGUCUGCUACUCUAUCACGGUCAGAAUUAAAACGUGAGGUACCUGGUGCUUUACUUUGGGAACUGGGAGGACAUUACAUUUUAAUAAUUGCCGUGUCAAUAGUCCAUUCAAUAAGAAUAGUGCCUCAUUGCCAUUUUGGAUUAAGACAUUUCUAAAUAUGGAUGGAACUGCAGCCCCCACCUCAAAAUCCUCCUGUGAACUCCAAAAAAGUUGCCAAUGUUUAAUUUAAAAAACCUGCUACUUCUCCAUUGUCCUUCCCUGCUGCUUCCCUUUGUAAUGCCAAAAGCAAUCGGUGAGCAUUAGCAACAGGAACAUUGGGUGUUAAUAGUCAGCAGCGUUCAAAGAAAUCGACUUCUUUUCUGAAUGGGAGAAAAUACCCCUUGGAGCAACUUUUUCAUAACAUAUAUUAAAAAAAUGUGUUGUCAGGAAAAGAGAACUGAGAGGAAAAAAAAUUUAACAAACUAUAUACAUCCUGCAUCAGGUCUGUGUAUUUAUGUAUUGUGAAUGUUUUCAUAAUUUUAUUGCCUGUAUGCUGCUUUCAUACAUAUAAUAAAAUUAUUUUGUGAACAGAAGGUCAAAUAAAACAAUCUACAUUGCAUUUAUUAAA